UGACAACCGGCUUUGGAACAAUCAAAAAUCAAUCACUUCGAGCUAAAGCUGAAAGGGAAUAACAUCAGAGAUAUUUUAAAUGGACACCGUUUACAAGACGCUCAGGAACCGCCAGGUGUUACUGUCACCCCCAAGAAAUAUAAGAUACAGGGGAGGGGAACGGACCAGAAGGACCCCUAAAAGAAGUGCCCAGGCAGCCGGGACAAAUAAUGAUCUUCAACCUAACUCUGGUGAAGACGACUACCCGAUUGAGUUUAGAUAUGGUGCGGCAAACCUUCAGUUUCUGGACCAACCGCCGGUGGGAGAGCCCUAUAAUUUUCAAGUUGGUUUCGAAGCCCAGGGACUUGAUAAUCAAUAUCAAGAACUCGAAGGUAUGAAGAUCACAAUGCCGAGAUUCUGGCUUGUGAAGAUUAAGCAAAUGAUAUCAUAUGUGUGCAUGAUACAAAGGACCCUGUGGCAAUACUGGACCAACGGUUGAUGAUGGUGAAAACGACAAUGGUGGUGAUUUUGAUGACGAAAUGGCGACGUAUUCAGGACCCGAAUUUGUUAACAGAAAAAAUGACGACUGGACCAGUGUUCAUAAUGUACUUUCCGCCCCGGUAAUGACUUUCGAAGCGACUUAGCGACCGAUGAUAAUGAAUAUGAUGAUGCUUGGUUAUUCUUCCCCGGGCAGAUGUUCUAGCUUUAGUAGAGCCGAAGCUGUUCACAAACUUAAACGUCCGGGCAAUCCUUAACUAUGCCUGUUCAAUUAUUUUGUUGUUUGCGGUUUAUUAUAUUUAUUAUCAUCCUUAUGCCUCCUUCAACCUACGUGUGUUAUUUACACUCCAGAACAUCGAUCGACAAAAAUUAAAAUUCUAUAAAAUUCCAUCUCUAUGGGUCCCCAGACUCA